GCUGCGAUAGGCAGAGAGAGCAAUAGGGAGAAAUGAGUAAGGGCUGAAGGAGUGCGCGGCGUAAUUCCUGCUCUGUGAUCGCAGAUCCGCCGGCCCAAGAAUUGCUUGCCCCCAAGUUUUGGAGGGGGACCGAAGACUCGUCACCCACCUGCGGGUGCAUGAAGGGUGCUGGCUUUCCAUCUCUGUUCCCUGGGUCUCGUGAAGGGUUGGAAGAGAGUUUUGCCACCCAUCACCCGGAACAAGAGGAUGGUUUGGAAAUGGCUGGGCGCUGUGCUGCUGCUCCCCGUGCAGAUGCUUUACCUGGUGCUGAAAGCCGCCGUUUGUGCUCUGCUGCCACCCAAACUACGGGACCUGUCUGGAGACACCGUGCUGGUGACAGGUGGGGGACGUGGCAUCGGCCGCCAACUGGCCCGGGAAUUUGCCAGGCGAGGAGCCAGGAAGAUCAUCCUGUGGGGUCGAACUGAGAAAUGCCUGAAGGAGACCACAGAGGAAAUCAGGAUGAUGGGGACAGAAUGCCAUUAUUUCAUCUGUGAUGUUGGAAACAGAGAGGAAGUCUAUCGGCAAGCCAAAGCUGUGCGGGAGAAGGUGGGUGACAUCACUGUCCUAGUGAACAAUGCUGCUGUGGUCCAUGGUAAAAGUCUGAUGGACAGCGAUGAUGAUGCACUGCUCAAAUCACAGCAUAUAAACACCCUGGGACAGUUCUGGACCACCAAAGCAUUCUUGCCAAGGAUGCUGGAGUUGCAGAAUGGACACAUAGUUUGCUUGAACUCUGUCCUGGCCUUGUCAGCCAUCCCUGGUGCCAUUGACUACUGCACCUCCAAAGCUUCUUCUUUUGCCUUUAUGGAGAGCCUGACCUUGGGGCUGCUGGACUGUCCUGGAGUGAAUGCCACAACAGUGCUGCCCUUCCACACGAGCACAGAGAUGUUCCAGGGCAUGAGAAUCAGGUUCCCUAAUCUUUUUCCUCCUCUCAAGCCAGAGACUGUGGCUAGGAGGACAGUGGAAGCUGUGCAGAUGAAUCAAGCCUUCCUGCUCCUUCCAUGGACAAUGAAUGUUCUGGUCAUCCUGAAAAGCAUUCUCCCUCAGGCAGCACUUGAAGAAAUCCACAAGUUUUCUGGGAGCUACACCUGCAUGAACACUUUUAAAGGACGAACAUAGACUUGGUGGUGGAAGGACUGUUCUUCAGAGGGACCAGCACAAGCAUGAAAAUCCUGACAGGGCUGUGAAUCAGCAGUCUUGGCUUGUAGCCUGUUCAUGUGACUCGCGCUGCUUUGAGGCAACACAUUUCUUGCAGGUCAUAUCCAUAGUAACAUGACCUUUGCACAGGAUUUAAUGACCAGACUAUGGACCCUUGGCAAGAAAAAACAGAAAGUGUGAAAUGUUUAUGUGAUGUUAAAUUCUUUAGGGUUCAAUUGUUAAAUCAGCUCAUAGUUUUAAGAUGUAAUUUUUGUUUCUAAAGGGCUGUCUCAGCUGAGAGGCAGCAUGUUGCACCCCAGGCUUCAUCCGCUGUCUUUGGAGGAACUGCAAUUGCAAACUGACACUGAUUGCAUUUCAGCUUUUUGAAUGGGGAACUUUAAAAAUGAAGAGCUACAAGUCGUGGACAUUGAAUGGAAGUUCCUUCCCUUCCUUCGCUUUAUAUUUGUUGUUGAAGCUGUUCCCAAGUCAUGUCAGGGAAGGAGCAAACUGCUGUUUUCUUUGUGAAAGGCUCCCCAGGCCUUUUCUCUGCAAGGAUUGCUCUGUGCCCAGGAAAGCUGUCUUACUGCACCCAUGAAGGCUGGACAGCAGUGCUCAGUCAGAAGAGCAUACAGCUUGAAUCACGGAAGAUUCCUUCUGUCAUUGAGCUCAUAUAUGGAAUGUAAUUGUCCUUCUGAAUAUUUUUGUUCAUUUAUGAUGAAAUAUAUAUAUAUUUUUAGCAUUAAUUCCAGAUUGCCACGCAUGUAAGACAGCAUCACAUUGGGGGGUAAACUAAAUCUAGAGCCUGCUUGUACAAAAACACAUUCAGUGACAUAAUCCAUAGAGUAAAAUCCGUUGUAUCGAUCUGCACAGUGAAAUAAGAGGAAUAAUUCUCUGAAAAUGGAAGAGACAGUGCUGUAGUGCUCAUGAAAUGUGGAGUUUGGAAGCACAGUUAGCAAAGGCCUGAUUAAAUGCAUGUUGAAUUCAACUGGGAAUAUACCCAUUGUUUGUUAGAGACAUUGAAUCAGGCACUGAUCAGCCAAAAGUGAUAAAUACUGCUUGCACUGAAAUGCCAGAAGCAGCUAGAUGUUAUUUAUUUUUAUAAUGAUAGACUCUCUGACAGCCUAGCAAGAGCAACACUGCAUUCCAGUGCCAGAUGCAGUCUGCAUCUAAACCUAGGCAUAGUUGUGUAGUUGAAACAUAUUGAAACACUGCUUAAAAGAGGAAUUCAUAUCACUGCAAUUCAGGAAUGUCACAAGCCAGCCUGGAGAACACCUGAAUGAAGUGCCUCAAAGAAAGCCAUGUGGUUGAAGUAAAGGAGUGAGGUCAGGGCUCCAGGCUUAAGUUUUGACCUUAUUUCAUACUCUUGGGCCAAGCUGCAUAAUCCCAAGGCACACCCUGACCUGCAAAACAGAUAGUUGUGGCUUUUCCCUGGCUCAGGAGUUGUGAAUGUUACUGCUUUAUUGUCUGUCAAGUGCUCAGCAGAUUCAAAUGGAAAACGCUGUAGAAAGGAAGAGUGAUAUUUGCCCAUAAACCAAAAUGGUGGAGAGGAAUCAAAAAAAAAAAAAAAAAAAAAGCUGAAAUCUAUCGUUUUGAAAUCUAUAACUUUGUACAGAGGUAUGAAUGGCAGCAGGAAAGCUGAGAGCUGCUUUUGCAGGGCAGAUCCAAAGGAAGAUCUCAGAAUGGAGACUCACUACUUAGGAGGAACGAUGGUAUGAAUGUUGUCCUUCCUGCAGAUCGCUAGCUGUGUCUCGCUGAGCAGCUGGAGAGGUGCAGUAUCAUUGAUAUCCCUUUGCCUCCAUGGAUGCUUCGAGGCAUUCUCCUGUCUUGGUCAGUGCUUUCCUUCCGAGUGUCAAGCCCUGCGCCAGCCUUGACAAGGCAUCUCACUAUGGAGGGCUUUUUAAAUUCCUAAAUGUCUGAGGCUCUCUGGAGAGGAUGAAAAGAAACUUUGAUCUCAGUGACUGUGAUGCCCUCCCUAAUAGAUGCUUUCAGCAUUAUUUUUCUGUCCGCUUUUUGAGAGGAAACCUAAUUCACUGAAAACACAGCUGCAAUGGGGGAAGAACUCUUCCAGGAUCUGCCAGCAUUAGAGGUGCACGCUUAAGAAACACUGGAGAGGGAUAAUUCUUCCCCUUCUGCACCCUCAUCCUUCUAUUUUCUCAUUAACCACAGUCAGGCACGCCAGGCUUGUAGAUGCAAGAGCAAAAGGGAUUGGUGCAGCAAGGCACCCUGCAGUGUCCCUCUUAAAUCAAACUUCUCUGUUGAGUUUCUAUUCAUUAAUGACAUCCUAAUGCAAAAGAGAGGUAAAAACUCGUGUGCAUGCUGAAAGCAACUCUACCCAUGCCCACAGCUGUCCCUCAUCCACUCUUUUCCUGCCUUACAUCAAAGAUGUUCCCUAUCUUCAGAGGUUGUCUUACAUCCUAAGUGCGGUUGAUUUCUUUCUAAUGAAUCUAAACCAGUCAGAAUGUAGCAGGGACUCUCAUGAUCUCUCUCUUCUCUCACAGAGGCGCACGCUCACACUUCCCUCUCUCUUUCCCUUAGGGUCUCUGAGCGGACAGCAGGUCAAAUAGCAGUCACAGUGGGGGAGAGGUAUGCAGCAAACAGAAAAUAAUGAGGAAAACAUUGACAUUGCUUUUCAGAUAGUAAGCAAGAGUUGGGUAAUAGAGUUUCUUCACUUGUGAGUGUUGCAAGAUACAAUGCUCUACAUACAGUGAGUUUCUUGCGAGUUUGGAUGGAUACAUACAAAGAUUUUCUUAAAAAAGAAAAGCUCCUCUGGAAUGCCCGUUGAGGUCUGCUGUCCCUUUGUACAUAAGGUUGGUAUUGGGUAAUGUUGAAGUGCUGCAAAUGUGGACAAGCUUUGUAGGAGCCUAAGGCCUUUCCAAAGGAAUUUCCGCCCUUUGACUUAUUUUAAUUUUGGUUUUCCCUCCUCUCUCCACUGCCUCCUGCUUUCCACUCCUCCAAACUUUUUUUGCUUCUUUCUGUAUUCCUGUGUCAUUACUGCACUUUUCAGUGCCACCAUCUUGAAGCCAGAUGUCACACAAAGAGUCUGGACUAAAUCUAAAUCAGGGUAUGUAUUUAUUAUCCUGCUGGAGGAAUCGAGGUGAAGCUGUAAGAGCAGGGCACAGAGGUUUCAUAGGAAAUUAGGUAAGCUCUUUGGGUUUUACUGCUCCAUUCUCUGAAGAAGUAGACCUUUAGUAUAGUUUUUCUGUAGGAGAUUGCUGCUGUUUUAAAAUGGGAAUGAUGAAGAAAUGUUAGCCACUGUGGGACAUUUGUUGUCCUGACAUGAAAAGACCCUGUAUUUAAAUGAGCCCAGAUUGAAAUAUUUUCAGUUCCAGGUGAUUUCAGAGGCUGAUGUUUGCGCCAAGGAAUUUGCAUCAUUAGCAAGUCAGAGCAGGGAGGGAGAGGGAAGGACUGGAAGGAGUCAUUUGUAAGUAAAACUGAUUUCUCCUCUUCAA